UCGCAGACCGGCUUGGCGGGCAUAGUCGCCCCUCUCGAAAAAGGCGGGAAAUAUCAGUUUAGUGUCUCUCAAAUUUUAUUUAAAUAUCGAAACCCAAAAAUUAAAGUGAAAACCAUAUAAAAAUGGCACCCCAAAGUAAAGCAACCGAAGAAGACUGCAGUGACACGGAAAAUCUUAAAUCAGACCAGGAAGAUGUCAAGUCCGGGGGAGCGUUGGAGGCGAAAAUGUCGCUGCUGAACGGGAUCACGGUGAUCGUGGGUUCGAUUAUCGGCAGCGGCAUUUUCGUGUCUCCCACUGGAGUGCUGAAGUACACGGGGUCGGUGAAUGCUAGUCUGGUUGUAUGGGUGGCUUCUGGCGUCUUUAGUAUGAUCGGUGCGUACUGCUACGCGGAGCUGGGUACGAUGAUCCGCCUCAGUGGAGCAGACUACGCGUACAUCAUGGAGACGUUUGGACCCUUCGCUGCUUUCAUACGACUCUGGAUCGAGUGUAUGAUCGUCAGGCCUUGUUCACAGGCAAUCGUAGCGUUAACUUUCAGCGUUUACGUGCUCAAGCCAAUAUUCCCUGAGUGCGACCCGCCUGAAGAUGCCACGCGGUUACUGGCUGCCUGUUGUAUUUUACUCCUCACGUUUGUGAACUGCUGGUCAGUGAGAGCGGCCACGCGCGUGCAGGACUGGUUCACUUACGCCAAGCUGCUGGCUCUGUUCAUCAUCAUAGCGGCCGGGAUCUACCAGCUGUGUCGAGGCAAGGUGGAACAUUUCACCUUCGAGGGCACCACAAGUGAUGUUACAUCCAUAGCUCUGUCUUUCUACUCGGGUCUCUUCGCGUAUAAUGGAUGGAAUUACCUCAACUUUAUUAUUGAAGAGCUCAAAGACCCGGUGCGCAACCUGCCGCGCGCCAUCGCCAUCUCCUGCGCACUGGUCACCGUUGUCUACACCCUCACCAACGUUGCUUUUUACACCACCUUAUCUCCUACUGAGGUGUUAGGUUCAGCGGCAGUAGCUGUUACAUUCGCCGAGCGCCUGUUCGGCUGGUUUGCUCUCUCCAUACCGCUGUUCGUAGCCGCUUCUACCUUCGGCGCUGUCAACGGAGUAUUGCUGACUUCAUCAAGAUUAUUCUACGCAGGCGCAGCGCAAGGUCAACUCCCCGGUAUGCUAACAAUGGUGACCAGUCGCGCUACGCCCGCACCGGCUGUGUUGGCCGUAGCGUUAUUAUCACUCCUCUACCUCACUGUCUCUGACAUAUACGCUCUUAUCAACUACGUUGGAUUCGCCACUUGGUUAAGUAUAGGAGCCGCAGUGCUCUGUCUGCCAGUCCUGCGUUACACACAACCAAAUCUAGAACGACCUAUUAAAGUAAAUUUGUUCUUCCCAGUUGUGUACAUAAUCUGUACGAUAGCUGUAGUGGCAUUUCCCGCCUACGCGUCUCCGGCCGAGACCGGGGUCGGGUGUCUGAUGAUAUUGACGGCCGUGCCGGUGUAUCUGCUACUGCUGGAGCCUAGGACUAGACUGAAGGGGCUUGGAGCUAUCACUGAUGCAGCAACACGAUUGAUUCAAAAAUUAACGUUAUCCGUUCGACCAAAAAUGAAGUGAACUAUACCUCAAAGGACCAAUGGAGUAUGCCUGUGGACAUAUCCGACGAAACUCAGUCAGUAUUUAGUAUAGACGUAAAAACACGUUAGACACGCGAGCUGUGUAUAAUAUAUACAAAUUACAAACAUAUUACAUUAUGUAUAGACAUGUAUAACUAUAUGUAUAAAUAUACAAAUCAAAAUGUAUAACUGUUUAACUAAGGUUGUAUUAUUAAGACGAAAAUGCUUGCCAACUACAAAAAAUCUAGGAUUUUGUAGAUCAAAUAUAUUAUUUAUACGUCAGGGAUUUGAUUAUUUAAUUUGCGGAACGCAUUAGAAAGUUUUAGCUAUAAUAUAUUUUGCACUCACCUAUAUAAAAUAGUAUAUUUUAUUAUAUUUUGUAUGUUGCGGGUAGUUUGCGAAACUUUGAUCUUAACAAUGCGAUUAUCGCAAUCAAUCUUAUUGGCUGAUACUUUUGAACUCCAAUUUUAAUAUAUUUACUAUGAAUUACUAUGCCGUAUUCCUCAUUCCUUAGAGUCAUUACCUCUUCCAUUAAUCGUAUAAUGGUAGUGGGGUUUUGUGAGAUAAUUAGUUAGGUAUAUGGAUUUUUUUUUAAUUUAAAUUAGGUAUGACGAAUUGUUUUUGAGGACCUCCAUGGCGUAGUGGUGAAUUAUGUGUGGGUCUUAUAAGUGGGACGCCCCGGGUUCGAUUCUCGGAACCGGGAGUUUGUUUUGAAAAUAUCUUUAUUUAUAUUCAACAAUAGUAAUAUAUACAUUACUGCGGCGCAGUUUUUUGAGAGAUAAGGAACUUAUAAGGAACUUUUUGUGUCUUUAAAUACUUAUUUAAAAAAAAAACAUAGUUUAUGCCCUAAGAGGUAAUGAGUAGGUAUUAGGGUUCAAUAAAAUUGCAAUAACCCUUCCAAGUUAGUCCGCUUCUAUUUAAUUUGGGAUCAUCAUUUACCACCAGGUGAAAUAGCAGUCAAGUAGGUUUUUUCCAAUUUGCUCAGCCAAUAUCAAUGAUUGCGACGAUUGCUAUCGCUGUAAUACGUAAUAUAGUGACUCUUGUAUACAUGUUAAUAUAUUGAAAAAGUGUUUCGAAAAUAUAUACAUAGACCCUUUAUACACAGUAAAUAAGAAGUGAUAUUCAAUUGAAAGUACAAUAAAUGACGUAAACUUUACUUUUUACACGACUGUCUGAAAAAAUGACUGUAAUGUUUUUAGCGUCUUUAUCAGUUUUUUUUUUAUUCCGUCAUAACUUUUAAAUGCCUGAACAGAUUUGGGUGUAUUGGGUAUUGUUAGAAUCCUUACACCAUAUCCCGAGCGACACUGGCUACAAUUUAUUUGAAAAAAUUCAAUAUGGUGGCUGCAUGGCGCCAUUUUCAAACGUGAAAAUUUAUUUUUUUUGUUAUUUGGCAAACCAGUCGUGUUUUAUUUUUUAUUUUUUGAGCAACAUUUUAUUGCUUUUACUUUAGUCGAUUGGUCAUUUAAUAGACGAUAGGUUUUGCAAUUAAGUAGUUAUUUUUAAUUUAGUGAAAAUAUAGAUCUUUUUCAUUUUUGUGCUAUUUUUAAGCUUUUUUUAAGUGCGUUUUUUAAAAUAUGUAUUACCUAUCAAUGAAAACAAUUUCUCAGAGGACAAUAUUUCAUAUUAAGCUGUAGCUUUUAUAAUUGUAGUUAGAUUUAUGAUAUUAAUGGUUUGUAUUGUAACUUGUAUGCAUGUAGAUUGUUAAAGAGCAAAUGAAAAAAUAAAUAAAAAAAUGUUACUAGUAAUCUUUGCGUCUAGCACAAAGCAAGAACAAAUAUUUGUGUAGGUAUAUGUAUGUAAGGCGAUUGGAAUAAAAAAAGUUCACUAUUAAUUUAAUUUAGACUGGAUAUUAAUGGGGAUUAGGGAUGAAAAAUGCUUAAAUUCUCCAUUUUUUUUAAUGAAUUACUAUUGAUAAUAUUACAUUAAAAUAAUAUGUCUCUUGUUUAGGACUUGGCCGAGCCACAUUGGUUAAAAAGUGUAGAUUCUUUCACAUUCAUUGAAAAUGUUAGAAUGUGCGAGAGAAAAGCAAGCUUAGCUAACCACAGCGCCUGUAGUAUGCGCAUAGCAAUGCAAGCGAAUUAUCCUACCUCAGGUCCGUCAUUUUUUGGAUUUAUCUGUGCGGAUUUCAAUUUUUUUUUACAAAAUGGCUGUGUUUCCAAUUUAAAUUGUAUGCCCAAAGACAUUGCUAAGUAAUAUACAUUUUCGCUAGCAACUACUUUAUUAAUUAUUUCAUAAGUAGCCUAGUUUUUAUUUUUGAAUCUUUUUUUAUAUUAUCUGAAUUAUAUUAACUAUAAUGACUAAGUCUUAGGGUUUUUGUACAUACCUAAUUAAAAUUAUAACAUACUGGAACAUUCCAUUGAAAAAACUGCCAUGAUUCGAAUUGAUGAAUUGUUUUUUCAAAAGAUCUCUUUUGUUAAUACAUAUUUUAUGUAUAAUUUUAUGUUUAUUAAAAAUAAAUAUUGUGUAAAAUAUUUCAUGUUUAUGAUUCUGGGGGUUUAAGCCCCUGAAAAAAUUGUGUUAUUUUUGAUGAAAAAAAUAUCUAUGUCAAUAUCACUAUAUUUUUUAGAAUUUAAAUAAGUACAAUUAUUUGCUUAGGUAUGUCCUACUACAUAUAUUAUGUUCCUUUUAUAGGUCCGUAUUAAAAAAGUAAAUUACUCUAAUAUCUGAUUAAUGUUAAGUAUUGAACCUACAUGAUCAGAUAUAUUUUUAAUUUUUUUAAUCAAUAAAUUGAUUUGUGAUUAUAAUAUAUUUUGUGAAUCGCAAAGUCAUCUUAGGAUAAAGUAAUAAACUUAAUGUUAAUACAUGCCAUUUAAUUUUACUUCUUCAGUUUGUAACACGGAUUAAAAGGAUAGUACUUGGGUAUAAUUUUAAGAUGGGCAUCUAUGCAAAUAUAUUUUUCAUAGAGCAUGUGCGUUCGCGGAUAAGCAUGGAGUGUUAGAAUUUUAAACAAAUUUCAAUUAUGGUAGGAAUUGUCUUGUAAAAAUGUUGUGUAUCGUUGUUUCUGUUACGCGCUGUGCGUUGUCUGCAGACGCAAUGUGACAAUAAUAAAUUAUUCAAUACA